AUGGCCUCAAGAUCAGGCAUACCGACCUUCGAUGGAGAAAUCUUGAGGGAACAAUUGACCACUGUAUUCCUGCACAAGGACGACGACUACUCUCUCAAACGCUUCAUGGGGAUCCUGACUAACGACAUAUUUCCCAUUCUCGAAACCGAACAUUUGGUCAAAUUCCGCAUUAGCUUCUUGAGAUCAAAAACCUGGGACGAAGACUGCUUGAUCGAGUACUACACUUUGGUGUUCAAGUACCCCCCUGGCGGAAAAUGUGGGAUCGACAUCUGGAGAGCAGGCACCGGGGAGUAUCACAUAUCCGACAGCAACUUCAAGCUCUGGAACCUGGGUGACUAUCUUAGCCGGCUUCCCUCUCUUGACGGACCUCUGUAUUGGGCUAUGGCCUUCCACGCCAAUGAACUACCAGAUAUUCCCACUAUUGGUGUCUGGAAGUUUGACCGUACCGAAUUCGACGAUGCGAAUCUCCAGCUGCAGCAGAAAGAGGCUUACCGCUAUGACUUGAUCGCGAAGCUAGAGAUAGAACCACUUAGACAACAUCCUCAGCCGAUCGAGAGCGUGCCUGUCGCUCCUGUCAGUCAUUGCACCAACGUUUCUAAGUCAGAUUCACCAUCUGUGCAAGGUGGCAGCACGCCCCAGGAUGUUGAAGCCACAAAGCUCAAGAAACAAGCAAAUACCAAACGCAAAGCGGCCCAAGAACCAAUGCGGGCCAUCAACACGCGGCAGAGAACAUUGCGAGCCCAUGAAAUAGAGAAAGCGAGCCAGCCACAGAAAGAACAAGCGACCAAAGAUGAACACAAAGCUUCCCCUGUUCAGAAGCAAGGGUCACAAGCAAAAGCCAGAGCAAAGGCUCCUCAAAAGAAGGCGACCCGACCCGCGGCAAAGAAGCCGAACGUGAAAGCAAAGCAGGUGACGAAGACGGUGGCACAGAAGCCAGCCUUGACACAGAAGCAGGCCCCAACCCCAAGACCUCCCAGCACUCAAAGGAGAAGGCCAAAGCGUCCCUUGCAAAUCUACGAAGACGUGACAUCCAAUCUGCCUGAAACCCAAGAGGUUGUACGCGAGAGUCAGACACAGCAAAGUCAACUGUCCCGAACGAGAAGCAGCAAGAGACUUGCCGCAAAUGACAGCGGUCCGGCAGGAGGAGGCAAUGUCUCGAACACGAGAGCCAAAAGGGCGAAAGUCGCUCCUCCUCCUCCCGCACGUAUGCCUUCCACACCGGACGCCCAAGCUGUGUCUGACUUCCUGGAGAGCAUCGAUGAGAACCAUCUGCUGGAUACUCCUCCGGAAGCACAGCAAGGUCCUUCGUCCUUUGCUGUUACGCCCGCUUUCUUUCGACCUGAUCCAGUCCCAGAAGAGAUGGAGGACGCGACUCCCGCUGACGAGCCCAUCGGUGAUAGUCUGGUGGACGACCCUAACAACAGAUAUCCACCAACCGCCAUGUCGUUCGAUUUCGAGCCGCUGCAGAUAUCGCAGACAGAGAGGAUGUUCCCGGGAAUUCUUGACAGUGAGGAUGAGGAGAGCCCGAUCAUGAUGCUCGUGAGCAGACGAAAGAGUGGCCACGCCUGA